AGGUAUAUUUCUAGCGAUCUUUUUCAUCCAUCGAUCUGAUCGGUACAAAACUAGCACAAUUUGCGUCCAAAAAUCUUAAGAAAAGCUUUCAAUUAGAACUCCAAUUAAAACUGGGACGAGUUUGCUCUGAUUUUUUUUCCCAUGAUACCUUUUUGACGUGUCAUCGUCCAAAAUAGAACAUGGCGGGAAUAAUUGGCUGAAAAAUUUCUCCCGUUUAGUCUGUCAUUUUUCAGAGUGCCAAGAGGUUUCAUAAACUGAAAUGAGUGCAGCAGGAUGGGUUGAAACAUUGCGAAGGUUUAACGAGAGGAAAAAGGCAGAAAAAGAAGGAGAUCCUGAGAAUGUAGAAAAUAAGUCUCCCAGUGAGACAGAGCUGUUUACCAAGUAUUACAGUGAUUGGAAAGGGGCAGGGAAAGGCAAAACCAAAAGUUACGACGCUAUACCUAGAUUUUAUUUCAAGCUUCCUUCAGAAGAUGAAGUUUUGUUACAAAAACUGCGAGAGGAAUCACGAGCUGUGUUUCUCCAGAGAAAGAGUAGAGAGCUCCUUGACAAUGAUGAACUGCAGAACCUGUGGUUCUUACUUGAUAAGCACCACACACCGCCUUUGUUUGGAGAUGAACAGAUGAUCAACUAUGAAGACUUUUUGAAAGUUGCGGGAGAGGCUGGUGAAAAGUGCAGGCCAUUUUUCAGUUCAACUGUUUUUGCCAAGCUGUUUCAACAGGAUCCUUUUGGAAGGAUAUCAAUUAUGCAGUUUUUCAAUUAUGUGAUGCGCAAAGUUUGGCUUCAUCAAACCAGAAUAGGCCUCAGUUUGUAUGAUGUUGCAGGACAAGGAUACCUAAAAGAGUCGGACCUGGAAAAUUAUAUUUUGGAGUUAAUCCCAACCUUACCUCAGUUGGAUGGUCUUGAGAAGUCAUUUUAUUCUUUCUAUGUGUGCACUGCUGUUAGAAAGUUUUUCUUCUUUUUGGAUCCCCUCAGGACAGGAAAAAUAAAGAUUCAAGACAUCCUUGCCUGUAGUUUUCUGGAUGAUCUCCUUGAGUUAAGAGAUGAAGACCUAUCAAAAGAACAACAAGAUGCCAACUGGUUCUCAGCACCCUCAGCAUUAAGAGUCUAUGGGCAAUAUUUAAGUCUUGAUACUGAUCAUAAUGGAAUGUUGAGUAAAGAAGAAUUAGCAAGAUAUGGUUCAGGAACCUUAACCAAGGUGUUUGUGGACAGAGUGUUUCAGGAAUGUUUGACAUAUGAUGGUGAAAUGGACUACAAAACAUAUCUGGAUUUUGUCCUUGCAUUGGAAAAUAGAAAAGAACCACAGGCACUGCAGUAUAUGUUUAGGAUUCUGGAUGUGCAGGCUGUUGGACAUCUCAACAUCUUUUCAUUAAACUUCUUCUUUAGGGAAAUUCAAGAGGAGAUGAAAAAGCAUGGACACGAGCCAGUGAAGUUUCUUGAUGUUAAGGAUGAGAUAUUUGAUAUGGUUAAGCCUGAGGACCCUUACAAAAUUACCCUGCAAGAUCUUGUCAACAGUGGUCAAGGGGAGACAGUGACAAGUAUUCUGAUUGAUCUGAAUGGCUUUUGGACCUAUGAGAACAGGGAACUGCUAGUACAAGAUGUCAAUAACGAAGACCAUACUUGAAGGCAGCUCCAUACCAAAUCCUUGAAGGCAGCUCCAUACCAAAUCAAAAAUGUGCUUCAUUUACAUCUAGGCUUCCCAGACACUUAUCAUUGAAAUUAAUGGGUCUCCUGAAAUGUCAAGGAAACUGGCCUUUAAUAGGCUUUAGGAAGUUGUCUAAGGGUAUGGAAUCAAGACUUGUGUGAUAUUAGAACCAGAGGAUAUUUUUCUUUGUCAA